CAUACUGAGUAUGCAUUUUCCUAUUGAUCAUAGUUUUUCUACUGCUGUUUGGGAUUUCGACAGAUGAAUCAAGAUAAGACGAAAAGUAACAUUCACCAGAUGUGGAGUUUACAGAUUGCAGAUGCUCUUCUCGGUCAGGAACCACUCAAGCAAAAAGGAGAAGACAUCAUGACCGAGAAAGAGAAUCAGGAGGUUCCUACUGUCACUCCAAUUUUGACCAGAUUGGAUCGCCUUGAUCGAAUGCUGCAGUUUCUGGAAGAUAAGUACUUGGUGCAGGAAAAGCCGAAAACUGAAGCAGCUGUGAAGGUCACGGAAGAUCAUCAGUGCAUGAGUUUAUCAGCCGCCCUCGAGCUAGUUAAACAGAAAGGCAGCGUGGUGGAGAGGCUCGAAUUCCUCGAAAACCGCAUCUUACAGUUGAGCCUGGAGAUGGAAGUAGGCAACAACAGUACAUCCAGGUCAAGCUCUGCCAUGGUCACAGAACCUGAAUCUGGUGAUGAUGAUCAUAAGCAUCUGAUUGUGAAGCAGGAACCAAAAAAGGCGCCAAAUCUCUCCAUGACUCAGAAAGGGACCAGACAAAGGAGAGUGGUCAGUAGCAAGAAAUGGGCAGCAGGAUUGAGGUGGUUACAUAUGGGCUGCAAUAGUUAAUUUCUUACUUGAAUUUUUGAGCUUUCGAGAAGAUGAGAUAACUUGAUUGUGAUGAGAGCUUUAUCGUUUCAUUUACUAUCUGCAAUCGCAACGAUGGGAGCAUCAGCCAUCAAGGAAUACCAGAAAGACACUCUUUAUUGGAUCGCUUAGUCGUAGACUCGUAGUAGUUUUUGAGUAUUUAGAUGAUUAUCGAGAAGAUGUCUUAGUACGUACAUCAUCAACAUUUUGAUUCACACGUACAAUUUAUAUAUAUAUGCUAAAAGAUUCAAUGCACGACAAAUGAUUCACGUUGAAUUCACUGGCAUGACGGCAUACGUGAAACAAAAGAUGUAACAAUGUUUACAAAAAUCUUUAACGAACUCCAAAGAUCGAGUGGCGAGGUACAUGAACAAUUCACUAGCUAAAGAGCAUAACAUGGCUAACUUGUAGGUAAAACCCUACCGAUCACAUUUCUCUUGUAGAAAAAUUCUCACAUCCGACUUCACCAUCAUUAAUUAAAUCCUUUUAAACAAUUACAUAUGAUUGACUUGUUAGCCAUCUUUCUCCAAUCUAAUGUCUCUCUUCUUGUAUUCAGCAUCACAACUUAAAUCUAUGAUCUAAGCUAUGCAACUAUCACUUACUUAAUUUGCACUCUUAUUUUAUUUAUUUGUUGUUUCCUUUUUGUCAGGUCAUUUUCCUUGUAUUUUAAAAGCUACAUAUCAUGAAUUCGAUAUGAGGUUAUAAUCCGCCAAUGAUUAAGUCUAUCAAGCACUGAUUUUGACAGAUAUUUCCCCGUCCAUUUUUUGCAGAUUCCAAAUGGGUACCAUCACAUAUUUCAGGUUAUUUUUUUGAAAUUCUAUUUUUUUAGAUUUUGAAGGCUACAUAUCACGGCUUUGGCCUAAGGCUAGUCUACAGGAUUUUUUCGGAUGACAUUUUCGUAAUAUUUUUGGCAUUUUUUGGUAGGAAUUUUUCGAAAUGUCAUUUUUUCUAAAAUUUGAAGGCUACUGAUCACGGAUACGACCUGAACUUAUUCUCCACCAAUGAUUAAGUCUAUUAAGCACCGAUUUGGGCGGAUAUUUUCCAUAUCCAAUUUUGCAGUGUCCAAAAGGGUAUCAUCAUAGAUUUUUGGGCGAUUUUUAUACGAAAGUUCAUUUUCCUUGGAUUUUGAAGGUUAAGGAUUACGUAUUCAGCCUGGGGCUAUUCUCCACCAAUUAGCACUUAUUUGGGUGAAUUUUUUUCUGGAUCCAUUUUUUGCAGAUUUCAAAGGGAUACCAUCAUAAAUAUCUGGAAUUUUUUUUAAAUACCAUUUUCUUUGAUUUUGAAGUCAUCACGGACUGGGUUUGAGACUAUUCUCCAUCGAUGAUUAAUUCUAUUAAACACCAAUUUGGACGGAUUUUUUCCUGGUCCAUUUUUUGCAGAUUUCAAAGGGGUACCAUCACAUAUUUCAUGUGAUUUUUUUGAAAAGUCAUUUUCUUCCAAUUUUGAAAGCUACAGAUCCCGAAUUCGCCCUGAGGCUAUUCUUCGUUGGUGAUUCAUCUAUUAAGCACUAAUUUUGGGUAGAUUUUUUUAGGGUUCAUUUUUAGCAGAUUCCAAAAGGAUACCAUCACAUAUUUUAGGCGAUUUUUUUGAACCACAAUUUUCUUGGAGUUUGAAUGCUACACAUCACGCAUUCAGUUUAAGGCUAUUCUCCACCGAUGGUUUAGUCUAUUAAGCACCAAUUUGGGUGGAUUUUUUCCUGAUCCAAUUUUGGCAGAUUCCAAAGGGGUAUCAUCACAGAUUUCAGACAAUUUUUUAUAAAGACCAUUUUCUUUA